ACUAAUGUACAAUAAUUCAUGAAAUCACAAUUCUGCAUAUGACCAUAUUGUUAGAUUCUAUAGGUUGCUAUGACAACACAAAAUAGUACGUAAACGUAAACAAUACUGUCUCGCUAAGUGACCGGAAUUGUACCUUACCAUUUGGCCGUUGUUAUCCCCACUAUAUCUCUCUGUUUUAACUGUAUACAUAUUACUACUAUAUUACAUGACCGAUCUCAGCAGUACGCAUGCAUUUUGGGUUGAUUGUGGAACAGAAUGGAGUAUCACUGUCUUACUAUAUCUCUCAAUUCAUUGUACAUUCGUUUUAUAAAAUUCCUGGCACAGAUGUUACCUUGUUAACUGACCAGAUUUAAUUUGGACCAGCGGCCAAUUUACGAGGCAAUAUUGUAUAUAUUGCACCCAAAAAUGAUUCAUAACGUCUGGCGUAAAAUACAUUUUUUAGAUUUUGUUAAAUCUCUUAUGAAUGUUUACCUCAGGCAGUGUUAUAAAAUUUGUAUCAAUUGGAUUUAAACUGUAUGAAUUAAGUGGAAACUCGUGACGUAUCAACUGAUUAAAAAAAAUUACAUAUAAUCAGUGAGAUAAAAGUAACAUUUAAUAGAAAUUCUGUGAAACAAAUAAACGAAUGCUCGAGGACAAAAGUAUUUGUAUACUAAGGUUAUAUUUUUAACAUGAAAAUAUGUCAUGACUGACAAACUAAUUACAGUCAGUAAUUCUUAAUAUUUGAAUUUGAAUUAUGUUACUGGAGAUUAUUUGACAAUAAUUAAAUAUGGAUCCUCAGACUAGUAAACAUUUGCAUACAAGACAAAUUAUUGGCAUUUUUCCUAUAUUGGAAUUAAAUGUCGAUGAUGUAGAUGUUCCUUUAGAAAAUCCAACUACAACUUACUUAGAUAUCUUUUUCCUUGUGUCUUCAAUCCUUAUGCACAUCGUGGAUGUGGCAAUUGAUAUCAAUCUUGCUGUAAGAUAUUUAUUAGCCAAAAAAAUAACAUACUUUAUAUGGACAACUGUUUUUAUUCUUUUACCUUCAUUUAUAAAUGUUAUAAUCAGUAGAAGAAUGCAACAACAAGAUGACAAGAUAAAUGAAACAUCAAAUUCUUCCAAAUUUAAAUGUGUACAUGCAAUGUUAACAAAGAAAUUAUGUUGCCUUGUACUUGUAGCAUUUCAAUUAGCACCGGUAUUACGUUAUUACAGAACCUUGAAAUAUGCUCUUUAUGCGUACAAGUUUGAAAAACAAGGCAAUCGUAAUGCUCAAAGACGAUAUUACCUCAAAAUGCUGGGAGAAGAUCAAGAUGUUGCAUUAUUAAGAGUAUCUGAAUGUUUCCUUGAAGCUGCACCUCAACAAAUUUUACAGUUAACUAUAUUGUUAAAACAUUACCACAGUGAUAUUAACUUUGAAUUUAUUCAUCAGGUAGCUAGUAUUGUUAGCUCCCUUGGAAGUAUGGGAUGGGCAAUGGCUAGUUACCAUCGUAGUAUUAGAUUGGCUCAACAAGAUAAACUAAAUAUCGGUAUUACAGGAACUAUUCUUCAAUUUUUAUGGCAUUUUUGUACUACAGUUUCAAGGAUAUUGUCACUUAGCGUUGUGGCAAGUAUGUGGCCAUUAUACACGGCCAUUGGAUGUAUUUUUCAUUGGAUUUGUAUGACUAUUUGGAUUAUCGUUGAUUCUCGUGGUAUAUUGGAAUUUUGUAGAAAUUCUAAUCAUGCUCCACAUUGUUCUCCGAAAAUCAAAGAACGCAUUUAUUCUGUAUUAUUUUCUAUAGUGAUUGGUGUAAUACAUGUAUUCAUAUAUCUGAAUACAGUGGACGGUAGUACAUUUCUUAAACAUGUAUUCUUUUAUAUAAUUUGUUUUGUUGAAAAUAUAACAGCAACUGCAUUUUGGAUAUACGCUUCAUCGGAUGAAGUUAAAAAUUCUUGGUACUUUAAUGUACUCAUUGUUCUUUGUAUUGUACCGUUCUUAUUAGGUAUAACAGCUAUGACAGUUUAUUAUGGCGUUUUUCAUCCUUCUUUGAAACAUCAGAAUUGUGCGAAUACACGAGUCUAGAUCAUUUUUAUUCAUAUUUAAUCUAUAUACGUAUUACAAAAGAAUUGUACAAAUACGUCAUUCUUACUAACAAUCAUUUAUUUUUAUCAAUCGUAUUUUUUAUAUUUUUAUAAAUCUAUUUGUACCUGGUAUGAAUUUCAAAGCUGAAGAAAUUAUCUGAGUAAAUAAUUUUGAUAUUACAUCUAGUAUAUCGUUCAUACAAUUUUUAUUGUAUUCUCUACAAUUAUGUGUGUGUGUGUGUGUAUCGUAUAAUGAAUUUUAUAUAUAAGUACUUAAAAUUCGCAAAUAUAUAAAAAUAAAAUGACAAGCUCAGAAAUUAUAACAAUAUUAGAUUAAGUAUUUAGUUAAGUUUUUUGUCAUGUGUACACUCUAUGUAUUUUAUACGCUUUUAUAAUAAAUAAAAUCAACAAUU